UUGGGAACACGAUGCACCAAGCUGAGUUCCAGCAGCGGAUUGAGCCGUCGCAGGAGGAGGCUGGGGAGUUCCUGCAAGCGUUCAAUGAUGAUGAGAUGUUCCACGUGGACCUGCAGAAGCAGGAGACCGUCUGGCGCCUGCCCGAGUUCGGGAAAUUCACCAGCUUUGAGGCACAGGGAGCGCUGCAGAACGCGGCUACAGGCAAACAUAACUUGGAGGUCAUGAUGAAAAGGUCCAACCGGUCGCAGGGAACCAUCGUGCCACCCGAAGUGACCGUGUUCUCCGAGGACCCCGUGGAGCUGGGGGACCCCAACGUCCUGAUCUGCUACGUGGACAAGUUCUGGCCGUCCUUCUGGCCGUCCGUGAUCUCCAUCACGUGGCUGAGGAACGGGCGGGAGGUGACGGACGGCGUCUUCGAGACCGUUUUCUCCCCGGGGGAGGACCACAGCUCCAAGUCCCCCUCCCUGCCCUUCAUCCCCGCCCGGGGGGACUACUACGACUGCCGUGUGGAGCAUGAGGGGCUGAGCACCCCCCUCCUGAAGCACUGGGAGCCCCAGCUACCCCUCCCUGCCUCCGAGAGCACCGAGACCCUGGUGUGUGCCCUGGGCCUGGCCGUGGGCAUCAUCGGCAUCGUCGUGGGCACCAUCCUCAUCAUCAAGGCCAUGAAGAUGAACAGCGCCCGCAACCCGCGGGGCCUCCUGUGA